AAUGGAGAGAAAAAACCCCGAGCUGAGCCGCUUUCGGCCCCUGCGAGGCGGCCGCGGCCUCUGCCGGGGGAGCCUGCCCUGAGGCGCGCCCGACCGGGGAGCGAGCGCGCGGGCCGGAGCGAGCCUCUAGGGGCCGCGGCCCCGGCCCGCCCCGCCGCCUGCCCGGGAGCCCGACCUGGAGGCGGUGGAGGCUCCCCCACCCCCACCCCGAGCAGCGCCGCCCGCCGCCGCCGCUCCCUCCCCUCCCGCCCCCGGCUGAGGCCGAGGGACCGGGCAGGGGGCUCCCGUAGGAGGGCUGUUGGCCUGCUUCUGCGCUGCUGAACAGUAUGCAGUCCUUCCGGGAGCAGAGCAGUUACCACGGGAACCAGCAGAGCUACCCCCAGGAGGCGCACGGCUCAUCCCGGAUAGAAGAGUUCAGCCCUCGCCAGGCCCAGAUGUUCCAGAAUUUUGGGGGUGCAGGCGGCGGCAGCGGCAGUGGCAGUGGGCGACGAGGCACGACAGCGGCUGCAGCAAUGGCUAGCGAGACCUCUGGCCAUCAGGGCUACCAGGGUUUUAGGAAAGAGGCUGGAGACUUCUACUACAUGGCAGGCAACAAAGACCCUGUGGCAACAGGAACCCCACAGCCUCCUCAGCGAAGGCCUUCUGGGCCCGUGCAGAGCUAUGGACCCCCUCAGGGGAGCAGCUUUGGCAAUCAGUACGGGAGUGAGGGUCAUGUGGGCCAGUUUCAAGCACAGCACUCCACCCUUGGUGGCGUGUCUCAUUAUCAGCAGGACUACGCGGGGCCUUUCUCUCCAGGGAGCGCCCAAUACCAGCAGCAGGCUUCCAGCCAACAGCAGCAGCAAGCGCAGCAGCUGAGGCAGCAGCUUUACCAGGCCCACCAGCCCCUGCCGCCUGCGGGCCAGCCAGCGUCUGGCUCAGCCCACCUGCAGCCGAUGCAGCGGCCCUCGGCUCUGCCAUCCUCUGCUGCGGGCUACCAGCUACGAGUGGGUCAGUUUGGCCAGCACUACCAGUCUUCUGCCGCCUCCUCCUCAUCGUCCUCCUCCUCCUUCCCUUCACCACAGCGUUUCAGCCAGUCUGGACAGAGCUACGACGGCAGCUACAGUGUAAAUGCUGGAUCCCAGUAUGAAGGACACAGUGCAGGUUCUAAUGCACAGGCUUAUGGAACACAAUCAAAUUACAGCUAUCAGCCUCAGUCUAUGAAAAACUUUGAGCAAGCAAAGAUUCCGCAGGGGACGCAGCAGGGCCAGGCACAGCCACAGCCACCACAGCCACCGCAGCAGCAUCCCCCUCAGCAUGUGAUGCCAUAUACCAAUGCUGCCACCAAGCUGCCCCUGCAAGGCCAGGUGGGCCAGUACAGCCAGCCUGAGGUCCCUGUGAGGUCCCCCAUGCAGUUUCACCAGAACUUCAGCCCCAUUUCUAACCCUUCUCCAGCCGCCUCUGUGGUUCAGUCUCCAAGCUGUAGCUCUACCCCAUCCCCUCUUAUGCAGAGUGGGGAGAAUCUCCAGUGUGGGCAAGGCAGUGUACCCAUGGGUUCCAGAAACAGAAUUUUACAGUUAAUGCCUCAGCUCAGCCCAACCCCGUCAAUGAUGCCCAGUCCUAACUCUCAUACUGCAGGCUUCAAAGGGUUUGGGCUGGAAGGAGUGCCAGAAAAGCGGCUGACGGACCCUGGGUUGAGUAGUUUGAGUGCCCUGAGUACUCAAGUGGCCAAUCUCCCUAAUACUGUCCAGCACAUGCUACUUUCUGAUGCCCUGACACCUCAGAAGAAGACCUCCAAGAGGCCCUCCUCAUCUUCUAAGAAAGCAGACAGCUGCACGAACUCCGAAGGCUCCUCACAGCCUGAAGAACAGCUGAAGUCCCCUAUGGCAGAGUCGCUGGACGGAGGCUGCUCCAGCAGUUCUGAGGAUCAGGGCGAGAGAGUGAGGCAGUUAAGUGGCCAGAGCACCAGCUCCGACACCACCUACAAGGGUGGAGCCUCAGAGAAGGCUGGCUCCUCACCAGGACCUGGCACUCAGAAUGAAGCCCCCAAACUCAGUGCCAGUCCUGCAGCCAGAGAAGAGGCCACCUCACCAGGUGCUAAGGACACGCCAUUGUCAUCUGAGGGCAACCCAAAAGUCAAUGAGAAGACAGUUGGGGUGAUUGUCUCGCGGGAAGCCAUGACAAGUCGGGUAGAAAAGCCUGGUGGACAAGAUAAAGGCUCCCAAGAGGAUGAUCCUGCAGCCACUCAGAGGCCACCCAGCACUGGUGGGGCGAAGGAAGCCAGUCACACAUCACUUUCACAGCCAGAGCCUCCUGGAGGAGGAAGCAAAGGAAGCAAGAGCGGAGACAGUAACUCGAACCACAGUGGAGAGGGAAAUGGCCAGAGCGGGCACUCUGCAGUGGGCCCCAGUUUUGUAGGCAGAACUGAGUCUAGCAAGUCUCCUGGGAGCCUGCGCUACAGUUACAAAGAUAGUUUUGGGUCAGCCAUGCCGAGAAAUGUCAGUGGCUUCCCGCAGUAUCCUACAGGACAGGAUAAAGGGGAUUUCACUGGCCAUGGGGAGCGGAAGGGUAGAAACGAGAAGUUCCCCAGCCUACUGCAGGAAGUGCUCCAGGGCUACCACCACCACCCUGACAGGAGGUAUUCCAGGGGUGCUCAGGAGCAUCAGGGCGUGACUGCUGGCUUAGAAGGAGCCACUAGGCCUAAUGUCUUGGUUAGUCAAACCAGUGAACUAGCCAGCAGGGGCCUUUUGAACAAAAGCAUUGGGUCCCUGUUAGAAAACCCCCACUGGGGCCCUUGGGAGAGGAAGCCAAGCAGCACAGCUCCUGAAAUGAAACAAAUCAAUUUGGCUGACUAUCCAAUUCCCAGAAAAUUCGAAAUAGAUCCUCAGUCAUCAGCCCAUGAGCCUGGGGGUUCCCUCUCUGAAAGAAGAUCCGUGAUUUGUGAUAUUUCUCCACUAAGACAUAUUGUCAGGGACCCAGGGGCUCACUCACUGGGACACAUGGGUGCUGACACCAGACUAGGGAGGAAUGAACGUCUCAAUCCAAGUUUAAGUCAGUCGGUCAUUCUUCCAGGUGGGUUGGUGUCCAUGGAAACAAAACUGAAAUCUCAGAGUGGGCAGAUAAAAGAGGAAGACUUUGAACAAUCCAAAUCCCAAACUAGUUUCAACAAUAAGAAAUCGGGAGAACAUUGCCAUCCUACUAGCAUCAAGCAUGAGUCCUACCGAGGCAAUGCCAGCCCUGGAGCAGCAGCCCAUGAUUCCAUCUCAGACUAUGGCCCACAAGACAGCAGACCCACGCCAAUGCGGCGGGUCCCUGGCAGAGUUGGUCGAGAGGGUAUGAGGGGUCGAUCCCCUUCACAGUAUCAUGACUUCUCAGAAAAAUUGAAGAUGUCUCCUGGGAGGAGCAGAGGCCCAGGGGGAGACCCUCAUCACAUGAACCCACACAUGGCCUUUUCAGAGAGGGCCAACAGGAGCUCCUUACAUGCUCCCUUUUCUCCCAACUCUGAAAGCCUGGCUUCUGCUUAUCACACAAAUGCUCGGGCUCAUGCUUAUGGGGACCCCAGUGCAGGUUUGAAUUCUCAGCUCCAUUAUAAGAGGCAGAUAUACCAACAGCAACAGGAGGAGUAUAAAGACUGGGGCGGCAGUUCUGCUCAGGGAGUCAUCGCCGCUGCCCAGCAUAGGCAGGAGGGACCACGGAAGAGCCCAAGGCAGCAGCAGUUUCUUGACAGAGUACGGAGCCCUCUGAAAAAUGACAAAGAUGGUAUGAUGUAUGGCCCGCCAAUGGGGACUUACCAUGACCCCAGUGGUCAGGAAGGUGGGCGCUGCCUCCUGCCUACUGAUGGUCUGUCUAACAAAGGCAUUGAAUUGAAGCACGGCUCCCAAAAGUUACAACAAGAGUCUUGCUGGGAUCUCUCUCGGCAGACUUCUCCAGCCAAAAGCAGUGGUCCUCCAGGAAUGUCUACUCAAAAAAGGUAUGGACCACCCCACGAGACCGAUGGACACGGACUAGCUGAGUCUACACAGUCAUCCAAACCUAGUAAUGUCAUGCUAAGGCUUCCAGGUCAAGAGGAUCAUUCUUCUCAAAAUCCCUUAAUCAUGAGGAGGCGUGUCCGGUCUUUUAUCUCUCCCAUUCCCAGUAAGAGACAGUCACAAGAUGUGAAGAACAGUAACACCGAAGACAAAGGGCGCCUCCUUCAUCCAUCUAAAGAAGGCUCUGAUAAAGCAUUCAAUUCCUAUGCGCAUCUUUCCCACAGCCAGGACAUCAAGUCUCUCCCUAAGAGAGAAUCUGCCAAGGACCUUCCCAGCCUGGAUGGCAGAAACUGCCCUGCUGUUACACUCACAAGUCCUGCUAAGACCAAAAUACUGCCCCCAAGAAAAGGACGGGGAUUGAAAUUGGAAGCUAUAGUUCAGAAGAUCACGUCCCCAAAUAUUAGGAGGAGUGCGUCCUCAAACAGUGCAGAAGCUGGGGGAGACACGGUUACUCUUGAUGACAUACUGGCUUUGAAGAGUGGGCCUCCCGAGGUGGGGAGCAUUGCUGUUCAGGAUGCUGAGAUGGAGAAGAGAAAAGGUGAGGUGAUACCUGACCUGGUCUGUAUGACAAACCAGGAGCUGAAUGUAGAAAAGCCCCUUGCAAGGUCUUCAGAGGAGUGGCGUGGCAGUGGGGAUGACAAAGUGAAGACUGAGGCACACCCAGACACAGUCCCUGCUGGGAAGGAACCCCCCGGUGCUGCAACAUCCGUGACCUCACAGAAGCCUGGGAAUAAUCAGGGGAGACCAGAGGGUUCCCUGGGUGGGACAGCACCUCUAAUCUUCCCUGACUCAAAGAAUGUACCUCCAGCAGGUGUGUUGGCCCCUGAGGCAAACCCCAAGGCUGAAGAGAAAGAGAAUGAUACUGUGAUGAUUUCCCCCAAACAAGAAGGUUUCCCCCCAAAGGGGUAUUUCCCAUCCGGAAAGAAGAAGGGGAGACCCAUUGGUAGUGUGAAUAAGCAAAAGAAACAACAGCAGCCGCCUCCCCCACCUCCUCAGCCCCCUCAGAUACCAGAAAGUUCUGCAGAUGGAGAGCCAAAACCAAAAAAGCAGAGGCAAAGGAGGGAGAGAAGGAAGCCUGGGGCGCAGCCGAGGAAGCGGAAAACCAAGCAAGCAGUCCCGAUUGUAGAGCCUCAAGAACCGGAGAUCAAACUGAAGUAUGCCACCCAGCCACUGGAUAAAGCCGACGCGAAGAACAAAACUUUCUUCCCUUAUAUCCACGUAGUGAAUAAGUGUGAACUUGGAGCCGUCUGUACAAUCAUCAAUGCUGAGGAGGAAGAACAGACCAAACUGGUGAGGGGUCGGAAGGGCCCACGGUCUCUGACGCCUCCGCCCAGCAGCACUGAAAGCAAGGCACUCCCAGCGUCGUCCUUCAUGCUGCAGGGCCCUGUCGUGACAGAGUCUUCUGUUGUGGGGCACCUGGUUUGCUGUCUGUGUGGCAAGUGGGCCAGUUACCGGAACAUGGGGGACCUCUUCGGACCCUUUUAUCCCCAAGAUUAUGCAGCCACUCUCCCGAAGAAUCCGCCUCCCAAGAGGGCCACGGAAACCCAGAGCAAAGUCAAGGUGCGUCACAAAAGCGCUUCAAAUGGCUCCAAGACGGACACUGAGGAGGAGGAAGAGCAGCAGAAGGAGCAAAGGAGCCUGGCCGCCCACCCCAGGUUUAAGCGGCGGCACCGCUCCGAAGACUGUGGCGGAGGCCCUCGCUCCUUGUCCAGGGGGCUCCCUUGUAAAAAAGCAACCACCGAGGGCAGCAGCGAAAAGACAGUUUUGGACUCAAAGCCCUCCGCGCCCACCACUUCAGAAGGUGGCCCCGAGCUGGAGUUACAAAUCCCUGAACUACCUCUUGACAGCAAUGAAUUUUGGGUCCACGAGGGCUGUAUUCUCUGGGCCAAUGGAAUCUACCUGGUCUGUGGCAGGCUCUAUGGUCUGCAGGAAGCGCUGGAAAUAGCCAGAGAGAUGAAAUGUUCCCACUGCCAGGAGGCAGGCGCCACCUUGGGCUGCUACAACAAAGGCUGCUCCUUCCGCUACCAUUACCCAUGUGCCACCGACGCAGAUUGUUCGCUGCGUGAGGAGAACUUCUCGGUGAGGUGCCCCAAGCACAAGCCUCCCCUCCCGUGCCCCCUCCCGCCCUUGCAGAACAAGACAGCGAAAGGCAGCCUCAGCACAGAGCAGUCGGAGCGGGGGUGAGGGGGGCAGUGUGCUCGUGGGAAUGGAGAGCACAGCAGGCACAGGUGAGACUGUGGAGAUGAGAAGGUGGUGGACCCUCGCGAUCGAAUGGAAAUGGUCCCCCGUGCAGCCCUGCCCCACCCCGCCCGCCACGCCAGCACUUCCUUCCCAGUUCUUACAUCACACUCCAACCAGUGACGCCAAGGGAAAGAGAGCCCCGAGCCCCGAAGUUGGAAUGGCUGUUUCCAUGGACACAAUCUCCAUAGUGACAAUAUGGGGGGAGGGAGGGGGAGGGAGAUGGGAAAGGGGGGGAUUAAAAGGGAGGGAUAAAAAAUAUAUAUAUAAAUCUAUUUUUAGUCUGGAAAGACUUUGUUUAAAUGAAAGGUGCGCUAUCCCUUUUGAUUCUAUUUUAAAAUUAUCUAGUGAAAGAACUCCAAAUUUGUUCCAAUAACAGUGAAAUUUAAAUGUGGAAUUGAACUGAACAAACUCAUCUCACGAAGGGUGGGGUGUGACCUUGACCUUCAGCCUGUCUCACACCAGUUGGGAGAGCUCUAGACCCAGGAUUGGAAGAGACAAACCACACCAAAACCAUCCUUGGUCAUUAAUUUGUCUCAAAAGUGGGAAGGUUUAGGGGGUAGGGAAUAGGGAUGGGCCAUGUUUUCAGGAGUGGGAAAAUGAUGUCUAAACACAAAAAUCAAUUUUUUUCAUUUCCAGAAACACUAUUUAUUUAUUUUUAAAAUUUUUAUCUUUUUGGGGGGUGAAAUCGGCAGGUGCCCCAAGGUCACAGCUGUGUUCUGGGUCACUGGCCGUGAGAACUCCGAGUGCCCCGCAACGCGCACAUGGCAGGCGCAGCCUCCGGGCACCUUCCGGGCAGCUGUGCCCGGACCCCCAGGACGGACAGGACGGGACGCCGAGCUGCAGGAGCUGACAUGGAGGGGGUGACAUGGAGGGGUGCGGGGCGCCAUCUGUGCGGCCUAGGCCGCUGGCAACGCCCCGCUAACCUCUUCUUUUGCUUUUGUUUUUAUAAGGAAAAGGGAACCCGCCAGCUGAGCGGCCCCAUUCCAUGUGGUUCUUUAUGUUGUAUCAUUUUGUUUUGCUUGUAAAUUGUUUAAUUUUUAAAUAUCUGAGUUUUAAAAAAAGAAAAAAGUACAAAAAAAUCUUGUUAAGGCCUUAAGAAGGGGUUAGUGCAUCUUUCAGGGGUCACUCUGCCAUGGGGAGAAAAUAGCUGUUUCACCAACAGUUUUAUUUAAAAAAAAAAAAAUCAAAAAAAUAAUAAACUUCAUUUUAACCUUG